GGUUCCCAUGUUUCGACAACACGCAAGCACACGGGCGUGAGCAUGACAACUCCACGACGCAGGGGUCUUUCUGGAAUGUCGCUGAAUUCAUGAAAGAGAAACGACUCCGUUUCCACAAUCUAUAUCGACCCAACUGCAGAUCAUUACGGCUCACUAGUCUCUUGUUUUGCUGGGUUUUGUCUCGGCCACGGGCUUCAGCAUGAGCAACGCAACUAUACCGUCAGAGGGGGUUGGGCCAGGAGCAUCCUUGCCAAGUGAAACAAGGCAGCCGUUAGUUGUCGGUAUUAUAUCAAUGUUCAUCGCAUUGGUUGCCAUUUUUAUGGCAAUUCGGGUUUACAUCAGGGGUUACCUCUUGAGAGGAUGGGGACUCGACGACUCCAUAUUCAUGUGGUCUUCGAUGCUCGUGAUUGUACAGGGUGCCAUGGUACUAUGCAAUACAGUAUACGGUAGUCUUGGACUGCACCUCUGGAGAUCAACAUUUGAUCAAGUACAACAAAAUCCUCGUUACUUGGUUGCAACAGUCUUCAUGUACCAGUUAUCUUUCGGUUUCAUCAAAGCAACGUUUCUACUUCAGUUCCGCCGAGCAUUCGCUCUACCUCACAUAGUUUUGUUCUGCGACAUUUUCCUAGGUAUUAUGCUUUUAGCACUGGUCGGCUUGCUUAUCUUCGGCGGGAUCGUCAUGAAGAAUUUCCUGAAGCCGGGGUAUGUUCCUACGCCCGGGGACAAGGCAUACCUCAUAUUUGGUUACGUCAACGCCGCCGUACAUCUCUCGACAGAUAUCGUCAUCUUCAUACUACCGCUGGCACUUGUAGGACAGAUGCGUCUUGCGACGAUGCAAAAAGCCGGUCUCAUCUCCAGUUUUGGGGUGGGCAUUUUCACCAGUGCGAUUUCGGUGCUGAGAAUCGUUAGCCUGCCUCUCGCUACCAGCGGCAUCGAUGGGUUUUACCAAGCCGUACCGCUAGUUCUCCUAAGCAUGGCUGAGCCAACGUCUGCGGUCAUCUGCGCAUGUGUGCCGAUUAUGCGCCCCCUAUUAGCAUGCUCGGGAACUUCGAGGUAUGGCAGCCAAGGGUCGCGAAGACCUCUUUCAAGAGCAACCAAUGAAUCGGCCGGACAAAGACGUCAGACACCGAGUGCGCCUCCACAAUCGCCCACCAGCACGAUAAGCCCAUCGGUAGCGCAGGUUACAUACAGAUCCACUAUUGCGGGGAGCAUAGAUGGAGAUCCGGAAGGAUACAUUUCAAGCCAACAGGCCAGGGAAAGCAUCAACACAUUAAACCCACUGUCCAUGCAUCUAUCAUCACCCACCAAAACAGUACAGUUUCCAUGAGGAGUUGUUGCUUCUCCACCUUCACAGCAAUUGAACGCCGUGCGUUAUCACGGCGUCUAACAUCAUAUGGAAGCAUUAUCGCGUGAUUUCAUAUUCACCUUCCGAUGACGAGAGAGCGAGACAACACAUUACCGGAUGAAGACAUGGGGAUUAACACGCCAAAAGCCUUGGGAAUGAAAGCCACUCGAAUGAUCUUAUUGGCCUUGCAUAGAUUAGUCAUGGAAACAUACGCAAAUAGCAUUAUCCACUCAAGUGUGUCAUGCAGGGAAUCUUGACAAUCCUCAGAGCGGAUAGAAUGCUCGUCAGAUAUGGCGAGUCAAGGGAACCAGCUACCAACUUUUCGCGGUUCGCCUGAUGAGUCG